UUGGAGCACAAAUGUCAAAAUAUAACCUAUAAAUGUUAUCUCACAAAAAAUGUAUUAAAACAUUUUGUUACUUUAAUAUCGAACUCUAAACCCAUAAAAUAAGCCACAGUUCCUCAGUUUAGCGACACCCAAAAGAACCCGAAGAUGGAUGUGGAGCUCCGCAACUUCUUCAUUUUUAAUUCUCAGUUUGGCCCCAAAGAAGGCGAAGAACUCAAGAAAAUCCUCUACUACUAUCCAAUAACGGACAACGCUGACGUCCAAAUAAAAAAUGUGGGGCUUGUUGAAGGCAUUAUCCAAUUCACAGGCACCUUCAAACCGAGCACUCCCGUCAACUCCUUACAUACGCAAAAAAUGCGCCAGCUGUAUUUUCAGCCAGAGAAGAAUUUCUGGAUAGUCAUGACGUUGAAUCUCCCCAUUGUGGCUAAAGGCAAAGACAGCUCAAACCAAACCGAAUACUUAGAGGAUGACGUCCAAGACAACGUGUAUGAAGCCGUGCUGAAGCAAGCCUACAACACUUACCGGUUAUUUUGGGGGACUUUUGAGCACAGCAUCGAGAACCACGACAUCGGGACUCUGAAAACGCGGCUCGAGCAUUUCUACAAAGCCUAUUUGAAAACUCUAAAAUUGGCACACGCUGACAUCCUCAACGUUUUCUGCGGCAUUCAGUACCUUCCGCUUGAUAAACUCACAUUCCUGAGGGUCCAGUGCUUUAUUAAUUGUCUAGAAUGUACGUACCCGGAAAUAGAAUAUACAGCGUUUUUGUACAACGACCAUCUGAUCUGGAGCGGGCUUGAGCCUAAAGACAUGAAAAUUGUGUAUCAGUACCUCAUAGGUACUCUACUGCCUGCCAAUAUGGAGACGGAGCUCCAAGGAGGCUCCAUGCCGCGCAACUCGCUUUCGCCCUUUGCCGCUCUACACCACGGUCGCUUUAUAACCGGUCCUACGAAUUUAAAAACGGCGAAAACUGUAGGGAAAAUACCGAAAGUGUUUCUGUUUGCGUCUGGAAAGGGUGUGAGUUGUCACUUAGUGGUUUAUAGGGCGCUGAGUGCCACCGUUUGCUUAUUCAUGAAAGUUGAUAAGGAGUUGUCUCUGCAGUUGUUUAAAGACAUGGACGAAUACGUCAGCCCCAAAUUGACAACCAUAGUGUCUGAUAUUUCAGAAUAUUGUUCCAAACAAGUGAUAACCCCGUCAAACGUCCCUGAAAAUUCCCCCAGAUUUAUCUACUUCAACAAACUCAAUUUGGCGUACAAGAGUACCGCUCAUUUGGACAACAAACAGUCCGGCAACAUCGCCUGUACGAAAGAAAGUUUGAAAAUAAUGGCCGACAUGAAUAACAAGCGGGGCCUUUUGGGACACUCCAGCGAAAUGAUCGUUAAAACCAUGAACGACUACUGGGUCGUUGCGAAAAAUUCCAACUCGAGAGAAUUCUACGUUGCGCUCCAACAAAAAAACGCCAGUUUGAUCGACAUCAGCGAGGAAGUAAAAAAAUUGUGCGACACCGAACUAAAAGGAAUCUUUUUCCACCCGCUGUAACAACAGUACGUGUAGACCCAUUUCGACAACAAGAAACUUCUUGGCAACGGAGUUUGUAAAUGACAACAACGUGACCUUCAACGUCAACAGCAA